GCCCACCUUCUCCUAGUCACUAGAUCAGCUCGACGGCCGCCGCUUCUCCCCUGUCUCCUCCCGGAGUACUCGUCCAGCUCCAAACCAAACGUUCUCCCAGCCACCGCCACAAGAGCUCUCGCUUCUUUCGCGGCGCGGCCUCCGAGAAGCGUAACAAGGUCAGCCCGAGCCAUGGCGUCGCAGGGGCAGCAGUUCCCGCCGCAACAGCAGGGGUCCCAGCCCGGCAAGGAGCACGCCAUGGACCCGCGCCCUGAGGCCCUCACCCAGAACUACAAGGCGGCCAACAAGCUCCAGGGCAAGGUGGCGCUGGUGACCGGCGGCGACUCCGGCAUCGGCCGCGCGGUGUGCCUGUGCUUCGCGCUGGAGGGCGCGACGGUGGCGUUCACGUUCCUGAAGGGUCAGGAGGACAAGGACGCGGCGGAGACGCUGCAGGCGCUGCGAGACAUCAAGUCCCGCACGGGCGCCAGGGACCCCAUGGCGCUCCCCGCGGACCUCGGGUACGAGGAGAACUGCCGCAAGGUGGUGGAGGAGGUGGCGAACGCGUACGGCGGCCGCAUCGAUGUCCUCGUCAACAACGCGGCGGAGCAGUACGAGCGGCCGUGCAUCACCAACGUCACCGAGGAGGACCUGGACCGCGUCUUCCGCACCAACAUCUUCUCCUACUUCCUCGUGUCCAAGUACGCGGUGAAGCACAUGAAGGAGGGUGGGAGCAUCAUCAACACGUCCUCCAUCAACGCGUACAAGGGGAACAAGACGCUGCUGGACUACACGGCCACCAAGGGCGCCAUCGUGGCGUUCACGCGCGCGCUGGCGCUGCAGCUGGUGGAGAAGGGCAUCCGCGUCAACGGCGUCGCCCCGGGCCCCAUCUGGACGCCGCUCAUCCCGGCGUCCUUCCCCAAGGAGAAGGUGGAGCAGUUCGGGUCCGAGGUGCCCAUGAAGCGCGCCGGGCAGCCGUCCGAGGUGGCGCCAAGCUACGUCUUCCUCGCCAGCGACCAGGACUCGUCCUACAUGUCCGGACAGUUCCUCCACGUCAACGGAGGCGUCGUUGUGAAUGGCUAG